AUGAAAAAUAAAAGUACUCAAACAGACAUUAGUUAUUUUGAGCAAAAAAAUGAAUAUUCGUAAACAAUUAAUCAUGAUUUUGAAUAAGCACUGCAAUUGUAAGGCAAUCCCAGAUUGAGUUAAAUUAAAGAUCAGUUUUUGCAAUUGUAAGACAUCUAUCCUUAUGAUAUUCAUCUGAUUUACGAGAAAGAGGAUUCAAUUCAAUUUCAAUUAGACCUAAAGAGUUUUUUGGAUGAACAAUCCACAUUUUAAAUUGUCCUCCUUGUGAAAGGACCAGUGUUUUCAAUAGAUGUGUUGUUUCAUUCUUCAUUCCUGGACUAAGAGAAAUAAUAAAUUCUAAGUAUAGUGUCAGUUUGCACUAUUAACAAUUUGAUGGAAACCAUCAUUUAAAUAGAAACCAAACUGACAGAACUCGAUAAAGAAUUUAUACAGAGGAGAACACAAAACUAAUAUAAGUUUAGCAGUAGCAAUUAAUAAAUAGAAUUAUAUCCUGAAAUUUAAAUUACCAGAGGAAUCUCAAAUACUUUUGGAAACACAAGUGAAGACUAAGACAUGCGACAAUCUAUCCUAGGUUUCAACACACUCAAAGAUGAUCUAGUAGAGAAGUAUGACAAAUCAGAACAGCAAUUCUAACCCAUCUCACAAUCAGUCCCCGUUGAUCAACUCUGUCAAUUACAGGCAUGUAGUUUCUCUAGAUUUCAAUAAGACUUUGAUGAAAUUGAACUUAUUGGAAGUGGAGGUUUCGGCAAAGUGUUCAAAUCAAGGAAUAAGUUUGAUGGAAAUUAUUACGCCUUAAAGAGAAUAGUCCUGGAUUAUUCAGAUAAGAAAUUAACUGAAAAGACAAAGAAUGAGGCUGUGCUAUUAUCGAGAAUCCAACACCCUAAUAUUGUGAGAUAUUAUUAGGCAUGGACUGAAGAAUACGUUAAGGAUGAAUAUGAAAAUAUUGAAGACGACCAAAAAUUUGAUGAAGAAAGCGAAGAUGACUCAGACUAUGAUGAUCCACAACAUGUAAGAAAGGAAAGCAGUUCCAUUUAAGAAUAUUAGGAUGAUGAUCAGAUCUUUGAUUAUCAAGAUGGUCCUGAUGCUGAUUUUCAAAUUGAGUGGCUGAAUUGUGAUCAACAAAAUCAAGAGGAGGAGUCUCUUCAAACACCAAAGGUCAAACCUCAUUAACCAAGGUAGACUUGCACUAAGCAAUUGUUGUAUAUUCAGAUGGAGUAUUGCAAAGGGGAUACUCUAAAAAAGAAGAUUGAUGAUUGCAAUUUAACAUCCGAUAAACGAAAGAAGAUUAUUCGAUAAAUCUUGGAUGCAUUGCAUUAUCUGCAUAAAAAUAAUAUCAUUCAUAGAGAUUUGAAACCUUAAAACAUCUUUCUCGAUGGAGAUUUGAAUGUCAAAUUGGGUGAUUUUGGUCUAGCCACUGAAAUGAAACAAGAAAUCAAAUUUUAUGAUCAAAAAAUCAUGAGAACCUCAACCAAUGUAUAACAAGGUUAAAAUGAGAGACUCUCUUUGACUUCGGGUGUUGGCACCUUCCUAUAUUUGGCACCUGAAUAAGAACAAAGGCAGUAUGAUUCAAAGGUUGAUAUUUACUCCUUGGGCAUCAUCCUAUUUGAGAUGUAUUAUCCCUUCAAAACAGACAUGGAAAGGAUUAAUUACAUCACUCAAUUGAGAGAGCAAUCUAAAUUUCCUAAAGAUUUCGAUUAGAAAGUUGAUAAAAUAGACAUAGAAAUACGAGAGAAGAUAGCUAGUCUGGUCAACAAGGAUCCUCAAAAGCGUCCUGCUACUUAGAGUCUUCUUAAUGAGUACAAAGAUAAAAGAGUGUAAUAAGUGAUUAGAUCAAUUGCCAAUCCCAAUUGUCCUGAUUUCAAUGAAUUAGUUUCAACUCUUUUUGAAUGCAAACAACUAAGAUAACAAAACAAUCUCUUUACUUCCUGUUUGGAGGAAGCCAUAAGCAAGAGUCCUGAGUCAUUUUUUAGCAAUUUUUUAUCAGGUAUUUUAGAAUUGUUUGCAAGAGUUGAAAAGAUACUUAAACUUAGAGGAGCCUUUUAAUUGGAUCUUAAUCCUCUUAUUCCCACAUAAAAUACACUGAAAUAUUUAUCCAUAUUUGGUCAGAUAGAGGAGUAUGAAAAUUCGAUUCAUCAAAAUCAGAGUUUUAGAUUGAUCACACAAUCAGGUGAAUUGGUGUAAUAUUGUCAGAACCUACUGUAACCAAUGAUUUAAUUGUUGAAGAUCCUUCCACUUAAAAAUUUCAGGAGAUACACUCUAGGUGAAGUCUAGCAUUCUGAUAGGCCUCAACUCUCAAAACAUAAUUGCGUUGCAUAUGACAUCAUUUCAGAACAGGAUCCUGGUCCAAUCAGAAUUAUUGAAUUGUUGAGUAUCUCCAGAGAUGUGAUUAAUCAAUUUCAAAAUGCAAGUCAUUUUGAGUUGAGGAUCAGUCAUACCCAUUUUUUGGAAUUGGCUCUAUUAGAAUUAGGGUUCAAUUCCUAAAUGGUUAUAAGAAUGCUAAGACAUUCGACUAUCUUACAAAAGGUUGCAAAGCUGAAUUCAAUGGUAAAUCGAAACCAAUAAUACUUUGAUUUAGAGAAUGAUACUUCGAAGAUGUUGAGCGAGGAAUUCAAUUUUACAAAGAGUUAGAUUGAUAGAUUCUUGAAAUUAAUGACUUUGAAAUUACCUAAGAGUUACACAAAUGAGAUCCAUCAUUCGUCAUCAUUGCGUGAUAGUGGAAAAAAGACACUCGAACAUGGAUCGGGACAUAAAAAACGUACAUUAAGAGAAGAGUUGAAGGGUUACUUUACAAGUUUUGAAUCAAGAUUCAAGGAUAUAAUAAAUGAGAUUGAAAAAUUCGAAGAACUUGUUCAGGAUACCAAAAUACUGUGUGAUCUUGAAGUAGUUUAUUAAUUCUUCUAAUUGAAUGAACUUUCAUGUUAUUAUUCUGGAAUCUGUUUCGAGGUUUGAUAUUUGAAUUUUAUACUAUAGUUCGUAGAGAUAACGAGGGAAUAGAGUAAUGUAAGUAGGAAUUAUGAAUAGGAUGUUAUGCAAUCAAGAUCAGAGCCUGUUCAGAAGACCAGGUAUCAGACAUUCGUAAUAAAUUAGUUAUCAGAAGAGACAUUAAAAGAGUAAUAUUGAUUCCUUUAUUAUUGGGGGCAAUUACAGUCAUUACUUGAAUAAUAAAGCGACCAACAAAAAUGCUUGUGGGAUUCAAAUCUAUUUGGAUUAGUUCUAUUAUCGAAAGUUAAUUGAUCAGCAAAACAUCAGUAUUUCCAGUAAACAAAUGGCUAGGUUUGAUCUAUUCAAUUGGCCUGAUUGUUUAACAAAUAUUAAGAGUCUCACAUUGAAUGUGUUGAUUGUGGUUGAAGAGUUGUGGAUCAAGCAAGCUCAGGAAUUAGCAGUUCAAUUUUGGAAGAGUAGGAUAUCGGUAUAGUCAUACUCGCAUUAUUAUAGGCUAUGAUUGUUAACAAUAAGAAUUAUAAGAACUUGGCUUUGAGUUAUAAGAGCGACUUGGAAAUUAAAUCUAGUCAAAAUAAGAGGACAAAUGAAGUGAGGUGGUCUAUAAGGAAGUUCAAAGACAAAGAGGAGGACGUGUUGUUCUAGGAUAUUUUCAAUAAGAUUAUUAGUUAUUUGUUAGAAUUCGGGAGGGGGGAAGGAACUGAGAAUAAAUUAAUCAAGAAGGCAUAGUCAAAGUAGAAAUGA